AUGUCUAAAAAAUAAGUAAGUGACAAUGCUGAUAGAUACAAAGGAGAGGCAGGUAACUUCUAGUCUUUGGAAAGUGAUGAUGGACCAGGACCUAUGAAAUCUGUUGAGGGUUGGAUUCUAAUUGCAAAGGGAAUUCAUGAAGAAGCUUAAGAAGACGAUGUAUUUGAUGCAUUCAGCAAAUAUGGUCCAAUUAAGAAUCUUCAUUUGAAUCUUGAUAGAAGAACUGGCUUUGUUAAAGGUUAUGCAUUGAUUGAGUUUAGUGAAUUUGCACACGCUUAGGAUGCUUUGAAUGGUGUUAACAAAUCAGAUGGAAUCUGCGGCAAAAAGAUUCAGGUUGACUGGGCAUUCAAAAAACCUAACAAGAAAGGAGCAUUGAAACAAGUGAAGAAAUAAUGA